UCACGGCCUAUCAGCGCGCCGGCGGGGCGAGGCGUGGGGAGAAUGGGGGGCCGAAGGAGGCGCCGCCGCCGCGGAGCGAGCGAGGCGGACCGGCCAAGGGAGCCUUCCUCUGUCGGCAGCGCGGCAGCCGCGACGGCGCCCCCGGAGGGCGAGGGUGGAAGCGGGAGGCCUGUUCAGAAACAACAGCAAGGCUGCAGAUGACCCCCUCUCUGUGGAGGAGCAUUUAUAUCAUGCUUUCAAGCACUUGGAGGGUUUGGUGUUUGUGACCACGAGGUUCUUCAACUGCAAGGAUGAAGGUCCGCUGCCUCCUGCUGGUAGCUCUCUGGCUCUGCGCCCUUGACCUCGGCAGCGCCUCUGAGCGCUGCGACGACUGGGGCGUGGACACCAUGAAGCACAAGCCGGUCUACAAUGGGGAGCCGGCCAAAAUCAAGUGUCCUCUCUUCGAAGCCUUCCUGAAGUACAACUACAGUACUGCCCACUCUGCGGGCCUCACUCUGAUCUGGUACUGGAUUGGGCGAGGCCAGGACAUCGAGGAGCCCAUCAAUUUCCGCCUCCCCGACAACCACAUCAGCAAGGAGAAGGACACCCUCUGGUUCCGCCCUGCUCUGCUCAACGACACGGGGAACUACACCUGCAUGCUCAGAAACACCACCUAUUGCAGCAAAGUCGCUUUCCCACUAGAGGUCAUUGACAAAGACCCCGGUUCCUGCGUCAGCCACGCCAUCAGGCCGGAAGAAGUCCUCAUGUAUUUGGACUACACAAACAAGAACCUCACCUGCCCGGAUGUGGAAGGGUUUUAUCCAGCCGGGACCAAGCCAAAGGUCUGGUGGUAUAUGAACUGCCGCCUCAUGGAGAAUUUCCUGGAGCGAUACCCCAGCGGCACCAACCUGACCUUUGGGUUCGUCCGUGAGGCGUACCAGGGCGACUACACCUGUGUUGUGAGCUACAAGGAGAACGGCCGGGAUUUCAACCUCACACGGACUUUGAGGGUCAAGGUGGUAGGGCCUCCAGACAAGGCAAAGGUUCCGACGAUCAUCUCUCCAAAUAAGCAAGUUGGUUAUGAACUCACGCCAGGAGAAGCGCUCGAGAUCCGUUGCGAAGUCCACUUCACAUUCCUGAAGGACUCUCCGCAAGAGGUCUGGUGGAUGGUGGACGGGAAGAGCCCAGAGGACGUCGCUGACCUGAAGUUCAACAUCACACUGACGGACAUCCCCUCCAGCCUUGGCGAGAUGACCAUUGUGAAGACCCUGGUCGUGCCCAAGGUCACGGAGAGGGACCUGAAGCGAAACUACACCUGCCAUGCGCACAACCUGAAGGGGACUGUUCACCAGGAGGCCAUUGUGAAGAUUAAAGCCCCUGUGCCCAGGUACACAGUGGAACUGGUGUGUGGCUUGGGGGCCACCAUCGUCCUGGUCGCCCUCCUGACUCUCAUCUACCACUUCUACUGGCUGGAAAUGGUGCUGUUCUACCGGGCUCAUUUUGGGACGGAUGAAACCAUCUUAGACGGGAAAGAGUAUGACAUUUAUUUGUCCUACGCGAGGAACGCCGAGGAGGAAGAAUUUGUGCUGCUGACGUUGAGAGGGGUUCUGGAGAACGAGUUUGGCUACAAGCUGUGCAUUUUUGACAGAGACAGCCUCCCCGGGGGAAUUGUCACGGAUGAGACCCUGAGCUUCAUCCAAAGGAGCCGCCGGCUGGUGGUGGUGCUGAGCCCCAACUAUGUCCUCCAGGGGACGCAAGCUCUGCUGGAGCUGAAAGCGGGCCUGGAGAACAUGGCAGCCAGGGGCUCCAUCAAGGUGAUCCUUGUCCAAUACCAGGCCAUCAAGAAGAGCAAAGUGAAAGAGCUCAAGCGGGCAAAGGCCGCCCUCACCGUCAUCAAGUGGCAGGGGGAGAAGUCCAGCUACCCUCGGGGAAGGUUCUGGAAGCAGCUGCUGGUGGAGAUGCCCGUCAAGAGCGGCUGGACCAAGAGCUCCGGGCAGGAGCAGGACUCUGCCCAGCCUCCUCUGGGAAAUGUCUGAGGACAAGGGGAGGUGGAGCACCCACCGCUGGGGUGGAGGAGAGGCGUAGCUGGAGAGCAAGGGUUUCUGGGGAUGGAGGGCGCCCUCUCUCAAAUCCCAAGGGCCCAGCUGCCUCUCCCUUCCAGCGCCUGACCUCGGCUCACCUCGCCCGCCUCUGUUUCCCUUCAGAUGCCAGCCGUUUUCUCCUGCUUGUUGGUGAGCCCACCCACAAAGGCCAAAUUGUUUUGAUAUGGGAACGAGUCAGUAUCCUUCCAAGAGAUGUGGGAGCAAUGAGGUCUUGCCCACCUGGCACCACCACCCAGUUUGGCGCAAGAGAUCUCAAGGGCCUCUGAAGGCCAUUCUCCCUACCUUGCAACCGAUCCCUUGGCCUAGAGACCCACUGUGAUAUUUUUAAACUCUGUCAGGACUGGUUGAAAGCCCCCACCCCCCGGAACCCAGAAUGCAGAGCAGGUAGGAAGUUUCUUGCCCCGUGAAGGCAGGGGGGUGCAUUUCCUCACCUACCCGCCCUCCUGUUGAAGCAGGCAAUGUUGAAUCAUAGAACUGCAGAAUUGGGACCCUAGGGUCAUCUAGUCCAACCCCCUGCAAUGCAAGGACGUGGGGGGUGCCUUCAGGUCAAAAGCCCCGUUCUCUUUCCUGCAUCCUAGGAGAGUCUGUAUGUUUCCUUUUCCUUCCACCAUUUCCCAUCAGCCUCCCUUUGCUCCCAUCUCCUCUAGAACGGAAAGCCAUGUUUGGAAUUUUACCUUUUUUUAAUUUUAACUCCCAUUUUCAGUAUUAUUUCUCAUGCCAUCUGCCUCUAAUCUGCCAGGAGAGUAAAACAGACAAGUUUGCAUAUAGUUUUUGCUGUUGAGCCUGGGAGAACAGCCCCACAGGGAGGGAUUUUCCUUUCGUUCUCAGAUUUGAUGGAAGCAGUUUUCCAUCUCUCGACUUAAUUCACACACAAACACACAGAAACCACGCUGCAACUGGCUGUAGGAUUCCAAAGCCCGUUUGCACAGCUCCGAGAUCUCCAUCCCUGAACUCGCUCCGACCGCAGGUUGCAUGUUCGGUGGCAAGCCAAAGAAGUACGGUUGAGCAUGUUGUGGCUGAAACACCCAAAUGGCAUUUGACCUCUGGGCUGCUGUUUUCGGGAUACGUGUUCUUAAACUUCAUGAUGGAGCAAAGAUUUAAACUUGGUGCACAGAAUCUAAACCCAUUACAUGCACCUGUCCUGGACCAUGCAUCUUCUGAGGUGGGUGCUAUAAUGAACGAAUCCGCUCUUCCAAGCACCCUUGCAGUUAAGCACUAGCCUGCACACCAUAGGCAACCAGGGCUUCCACACAGGCGAGCAAGUGGGCUGGCAGAGAUAGGGUAGAGUCCUCCAGAGCUCUCUUCCUUUUGCCUGUUGGAGGAGAGAAGCCCUGCCCUCUGCUCUGCCCAAUAAAGAACUUUGAUAGUACUCAUGGAGUUGGAAGGGGCCCCCCAAUGGUCAUUUAGUCCAACCCGCUGCAAUGCAUACCUAUCCCAAAGCAGCUGGAGGGCAAAAUAAGAUUGACAAAGGCCAAUACAGAAGUUGCAGUCGAGAAUUCAUCCAUUCAUCUCCUUUUGUUGCCAUUUUUGUUAACACAACACCCAUUUCCCCACCUCCCUUUCCUUAUAUCAUCUGCUUUGAAAAGUGACCUUGUUUUAAUUUUGUUGCGUUCAGUUUGCAUUGAAAUAAAGCGCUUAUUUUGAUAGUUUUCCUUAUUGUGCUUCAGUUCAUUCUCCAUGUCUCCUGUGUGUAUGUCUGCUCCUUCCUCCUCCACAACCCCAACUCCUCCUUCUCCCCAUUUGGCCUUCAAGAGAGGGGUCUGCCAUUAGCCAGGUCCCAGAAGUUCCUUUGCAGGAGUCUUGUCACAAAGAAUAGGAGCUGUGUCAGGUCGCACCACCCUGGGCUCAGGUGGGGUCCAGGAGGCAAUAAAAUGCACCUUCACAACCCUUCCCCAAGGAAGCUGAUACACUGGGUGGUCUUCAGCCAAGACUCGCUUCAAGGUUGCCCAUUGAAAUAAAUCAGCAUUUCUCAGUCAGGUCCAUUCAUCCCAAUGAGUCUACUCUGAGUAAGGCCUCAUGCCACCCACUAGGAAUAUAGUAAGAUGCCUUGCAGUGGG